AUGGAUGACUUGAAAGUGUACGCGGCAAGUCUUGAGAGACUCCGAGCAGCCCUAGAGGUUGUGUCCGAGUAUACUAGUGCGAUAGGCAUAGAGUUUGAGUUGGACAAGUGCGCAUUAGUGAUAGACCUGGCCUAUGACAUCUAUGAGAGCUCUGAUCCUCUUCUCAAGUUCGUGAACAGCUUCGAACUAUUGGGAAGGGAUGCGUUCCUAUACAGAGCAGCAUAUCAGGCAGCACAAAACCUCUGCUCAGCUUUCGACCCUAGCAGCCCAGACGGUCUAAGGCUCUUGCAAUUGACAAGAGGGCAGCGGAAGGUCGAUAGAAAAACAACCAAGCAGUUAAAACUGUGA